AUGUCGGCUACCGGUGCUGUGGAGGCCGGGCUCCUGGGGCCGGCUAUGGCUCCCUCGCCCGCCCCAGCCCAGACUGCCGCCCCGGGGAGCUUGUUCCGGCCCAUCAGCGCCGAAGACGAGGAGCAGCAGCCCACUGAGAUCGAGUCGUUAUGCAUGAACUGUUACCGCAACGGCAUGACGCGCCUCUUGCUCACCAAAGUCCCCUUCUUCAGAGAAAUAAUAGUGAGUUCUUUUUCCUGCGAGCACUGUGGCUGGAACAACACGGAGAUUCAGUCGGCAGGCAGGAUCCAGGACCAAGGAGUUCGUUAUACUUUGACUGUCCGAACCCAGGAGGACUUGAACAGAGAAGUGGUGAAGACUGACUCAGCCACGACAAGGAUCCCUGAGCUGGAUUUUGAAAUUCCUGCUUUCAGCCAGAAAGGAGCUCUGACUACUGUGGAAGGAUUGAUCAGUCGUGCUAUUUCUGGCCUGGAGCAGGACCAGCCUACACGUAGGGCAAGUGAGGAAACCAUAGCUGAAAGAAUUGAUGAGUUCAUUGUCAAACUGAAGGCGCUAAAGCAAGUGGCUUCCCCUUUCACUCUGAUCAUUGAUGAUCCCUCAGGGAACAGCUUUGUGGAAAACCCAUUUGCUCCCCAGAAGGAUGAUGCCCUGGUUAUCACACACUAUAAUCGCACCUCAAAGCAAGAAGAGAUGCUAGGACUCCAGGCAGAGGCACCAGAAGAGAAGUCCCAAGAGGAGGACCUCAGGAAUGAAGUACUGCAGUUCAAUACAAACUGCCCAGAGUGCAAUGCUCCAGCUCAGACCAACAUGAAGCUAGUACAAAUCCCCCACUUUAAGGAGGUUAUCAUCAUGGCUACAAAUUGUGAGAACUGUGGGCACCGGACCAAUGAGGUGAAAUCUGGGGGUGCAGUUGAGCCCCUGGGCACCAGGAUCACCCUCCACAUCACAGACCCCUCAGAUAUGACCAGAGACCUUCUCAAGUCUGAGACGUGUAGUGUGGAAAUCCCGGAGCUGGAAUUUGAACUGGGUAUGGCUGUCCUUGGGGGCAAGUUCACCACACUGGAGGGGCUGCUGCAGGACAUCCGAGAGCUGGUCACCAAGAACCCUUUCACACUGGGUGACAGUUCCAGUCCUGGCCAGGCAGAGAAACUGCAGGAGUUUACUCAGAAGUUGGACCAGAUCAUUGAGGGUAACAUGAAGGCCCACUUUAUUAUGGACGAUCCAGCAGGAAACAGCUAUUUGCAGAAUGUGUAUGCACCCGAAGAGGAUCCUGAGAUGAAGGUGGAACGUUACAAGCGCACAUUUGACCAAAACGAGGAAUUGGGCCUCAAUGACAUGAAGACAGAGGGCUAUGAGUCAGGCCUGGCCCCACAGCGGUAGCAGGGGAAGUCCAUGGGCCUGCCUCCAGCGCUGACCUCACUGCAGGCUUAUUUAUUACUA